AUGCGACUGUCUGCGAAGAGCUACUAUUCACCUCCGGGCAAACAACAUCACAAUGCUAUUGAUCAGCUGGAUGUUGCUGCAACAUCGAAGCCAAAUGUGCUUUACAGACCCUCACUAAAACAAAACAGGUACCAGUUUCUAGUCGAGCGGAUUCACGCACUGAGCGCUUCCCACAAGAGCCGAACAAAGGAUGUCCUGUGGGUCACGGGUACCGUACUUGUCGUUGUGGGGUUUGGUACUAUUAUUGCCAUUGGAUUCAUUGGGCCUCUGGCACAGGUACUACCACAGGACGGAAGAUGUCGCAUGGGUCUGCGACGAUACGCUACGAUCCCGCUUCUUUCCUACGACUUCUUAAUCAACAUCCUUCUUACAGUCGUAUUCGUCUACCUCCUCGGCCCAGUUAUCCGCUCGAACAAUCAGGCUAUUCCCAGUCCGUCUGCUAGCCAUCUUGCUCUUUGGCUGUGCAGUUGCCGUCGAACUAAGCGGCACCCGGACGUGCAGGUGCAAAUUGGCAAUGCACAAGCGGCCAAACGCAUAGAAAAUCUCCUCUGGCGCACCUUUAUGGGGUCAUGUCUGGUCAUGGUAACGACUGCCGCCAAUUUGCUCCAGCUCACCAUUCUCGAAGACAGAGAAUGGGGGUUCGUUUGCCUGACGCUUUGCACGUUGGACAUCACGUGGACUGUCUCUAUCCUUCACUGGCUAGUAAUCUCUACCGACUCUGAGCAAAAGUCUGCCGUCGUGUUAGUUUCCGGCUCCUUGUUUCACCCUACACUAGUACCCUAA